CUCACCAGAAUCCUAGUGACCAGGUCUCCCGUCCGGCUAUCGGCUGCCUUUUCUAAGGAUGAGCCAGCUUUGCUUCUGGGUGACAUGCCAACCUUUUCAUGCUGCCAGUAUCAGAAGAAUCCUCACUGGUGCUUUCUUCAUUCUGGGCUGCUGGGGGCUCUCUGAUUUAAAGAAGAGUUUUCUUCAAGAUCUGGAACCCAUGGAGGUAUCUUCUCACUUUGGCCACCGUGCUGCUGAACUCACAGGCCAUCCUUCCUCUCACCUCCAGAGGCUGAGAUGGAGAAGGACUUUGGGGGAUAUUCUACACCUGGAGCUGCUGGUGGCUGUGGGCCCCGAUGUCUACCAGGCUCACCAGGAGGACACAGAGCGCUACGUGCUCACCAACCUCAAUAUUGGCUCAGAACUAUUGAGGGACCCAUCCCUGGGGGCUCAGUUCCAGGUGCACCUGGUGAAGCUGAUCAUUCUCUCUGACUUGAAGAGUACUCCAAAUAUCACAGCCAACAUCACCUCAUCCUUGAUGAGUGUCUGUGAGUGGGGCCAGACAAUCAACCCGCACGAUGACAGGGAUCCGAGUCAUGCUGACCUGAUUCUUUAUAUAACCAGGUUUGACCUGGAGUUACCUGAUGGUAACCAGCAGGUUCGGGGGGUCACCCAGCUGGGGGGUGCCUGCUCCCCUUCCUGGAGCUGCCUUAUCACCGAGGACACUGGCUUUGACCUGGGGAUCACCAUUGCCCAUGAGAUUGGGCACAGCUUUGGCCUGGACCAUGAUGGUGCUCCAGGCAGCGGCAGCACCUGUGAAGCCAGUGGCCACGUGAUGGCAUCUGAUAGUGCAGUGCCUACUGGAGGAGCCCUGGAGUGGUCCUCCUGUAGCCAAAGGCAGCUGAGGCAUCUGCUCAGCACAGGGCAAAUGCACUGCUUCUGGGACCCACCUGGGCUGCAGUCAGGACUUACAAGGCACCAGCUGUUUGCUCAGCCUGGCCUCUACUACAGUGCAGACGAUCAGUGUCGUGUGGCUUUCGGCUCAGGGGCUGUUGCCUGCACCUUCUCCAGGGAGGGUCUGGAUGUAUGCCAGGCUCUCUCCUGCCACACAGACCCCCUGGACCAAAGCAGCUGCAGCCGCCUCCUUGUUCCUCUCCUGGAUGGGACAGAAUGUGGUGUGGAGAAGCCUGAUGUCUUCCCUUUAACAUUUGCUCCCAAACAGAACAAGUGGUGCUCCAAGGCUCGCUGUCGCUCCCUAGCUGAGCUUGCUCCUGUGGUGGCGGUACAUGGACAUUGGUCUAGCUGGAGUCCCCAUAGUCCUUGCUCCCGAUCCUGUGGAGGAGGUGUGAUCACCAGGAGACGGUGGUGCAACAACCCAAGGCCUGCCUUUGGGGGACGUGCAUGUGUGGGUGAGGACCUCCAGGCUAAGCUUUGCAACACACAGGCUUGUGAGAAGACUCAGUUGGAGUUCAUGUCCGAGCAGUGUGCCCAGACAGACAGCCAGCCACUGCACCCUUCUCAAGGCAGUGCUUCUUUCUACCAUUGGGAUGCUGCUGUGCAGUAUAGUCAAGGAGACACUCUGUGCAAUCAUAUGUGCUGGGCUGUUGGAGAGAGCUUCAUUGUGAGCCGUGGACACAGUUUCCUAGAUGGGACCCGCUGUGUGCCAAGUGUUCCUCAAGAGGAUGGGACCCUAAGCCUAUGUGUGUUGGGCAGCUGCAGGACUUUUGGCUGUGAUGGCAGGAUGGACUCACAGCAGGUUUGGGAUGCUUGCCACGUGUGUGGAGGAGACAAUAGCACAUGCAGUUCAUGGAGUGGUUCUUUCACAGCUGGGAAAGCCAGAGAAUAUGUCACGUUUCUGAGAGUUACUCCCAACAUGACCCACGUGCACAUCGUCAACCGCAGGCCUCUGUUCACACACUUGGCGGUGAGGAUCCAGGGGCACUACAUUGUGGCGGGGAAGACCAGCAUCUCGCCUAGCGUCACAUACCCUUCCCUUCUGGAGGACUGCCGUGUGGAGUACACAGUGACCCUCACUGAGGACCAGCUGCCCCACUUAGAGGAGAUUCACAUCCGAGGACCUGUCCAGGACGACAUGGAGAUCCAGGUAUACAGACGGUAUGGAGAAGAAUAUGGAGAUCUUACACACCCAGACAUUACCUUUACCUACUUUCAACCGAAGCAGCAGGCAGCCUGGGUGUGGACCGCUAUGCGUGGGCCCUGCGCAGUGACCUGUGGGGCAGGGCUUCGAUGGGUGACCUACAGCUGCCAGGAUCAAACUCAAAACGAGUCAGUGAAGAGUGCCCAGUGCCAAGGAAGCCCACAGCCACAUGCAUGGCAAGAGCCCUGUGACUCUGGCCCCUGUCCCCCAUACUGGAUAGCUGGAGACUUCAGCCCAUGCAGUGUGUCUUGUGGCGGGGGCCUUCGGGAACGGCCAGUGCACUGUGUGGAGGCCCAGGAUGGCAUCUUAAAGACACUGCCGCCAGCCCGGUGCAGAGCGCUGGCCCAGCAGCCUGCAGUGGAGGUGGAACGCUGCAGCCUCCAGCCCUGUCCCACCAGACAGGAGGUGUCAGACCCUGGCCCUUGCAUGUCGUCCGCCUGUGAAGCAGAUCUUGCCCCAAGAAAUGUGACAUGUGUGCCCAGGGUGGGUGUACUGGAGGAGCCAGAAACUGCAAGUCCCUGCCUCAUGGAUGAAACGUCACCUCUGCUGGAGCCCUGUUUCAGGACCACAUGUUCUCCAGACUUGAGUCAGCUGGACACCGUGUCUCCAGGACAAGAGGCUCCAUCCCCAGUGGGCAGCGACAAGCCACAGGCUCAGGCUGCACAUGUGUGGACUCCUCUGGUGGGGUUGUGCUCCAUCUCUUGUGGGCGAGGUCUGAGGGAGCUACGUUUCCUGUGCAUGGAUUCUGUCCUUAAGAUGCCUGUCCAGGAAGAGCUAUGUGACUUGGCCAGCAAGCCCCCGGGCCGGUGGGAGGUCUGCAGGGCUGGCCCAUGUCCUGCUCGGUGGGAGACUCAAGUUUUGGCACCAUGCCCAGUGACUUGUGGAGGGGGACGAGUGCCACUGGCUGUCCGUUGUGUGCAGAUGGACCAUGGCCACCCUGUGUCUCUACCUCAUUCCAAGUGCUGGCCAGUGCCUAGGCCAGGCCCCUUCAAGGACUGCAGCCCUGAGCCUUGUCCUGCUAGGUGGCAUCAUAAGCUGGCAGCCUGUAGCGUGAGCUGCGGGGGAGGGCUCGCAUGGAGAAUCCUGUACUGUGCCCAGGCUCGUGGAGAGGAUAAUGAAGAGGAGAUCCUGCCUGAUGUCCAGUGCCAGGGCUUACCUCGCCCUGAACCCCUUGAGGCCUGCAGCCAAGAACCAUGUCCUCCCAGAUGGAAAGUCCUGUCCCUUGGGCCAUGCUCAGCCAGCUGUGGCCUUGGCACUGCCACACGAAUGGUGGCCUGCAUGCAACUUGACCAAGGCCAUGACAGUGAGGUGGACGAAACUUUCUGUAAGGCACUGGUGCGGCCCCAGGCCACUGUCCCCUGCCUCACUGCUGACUGUGCCUACCGGUGGCACAUCAGCACCUGGACAGAGUGCUCCGUCUCCUGUGGGGAUGGCAUCCAGCACCGGCAUGACACCUGUCUUGGACCCCAGGCACAAGUGCCUGUGCCAGCCAACUUCUGCCAGCACCUGCCCAAGCCAGUGACAGUGAGGAGCUGCUGGGCUGGGCCCUGUGCAGGGCAGGAAAUUCCCAGCUCACUGCCUCACAAGGAAGCUAUGCUUCCUAGCCAGACCCAGGCUGCUGUUACUGCUGCUUCUCCGAAGUGGUCCCAGCCCCAAGCCCAGGCCAGCACCCUCUUUCCAGCAUCCCAGUCUCUGGGGCUCAAGGAAAACCUGGAAGAGCCUGGUGUCUGUGGAAGGCAAUACCUGGAGCCCAAAGGAACCAUUGACAUGCGAGGUCAAGGGCAGGUAGACUGUGUGGUGGCCAUUGGGCGGCCUCUAGGUGAGGUGGUGACCAUUGAAGUCCUCGAGAGCUCCCUCAAGUGUAGUACAGGGGAGCUGUUGCUGCUUUGGGGUAGGUUUACAUGGAGGAAGAUAUGCUGGAAGAUGUCUGGCAUGACUUUCAGCACCAAAACCAACACGUUGGUGGUGAGGCAGCACCGUGUGCUGCCAGGACAUGGAGUGCUGCUACAGUACCGGAGCCAACCAGGCCCUGGGACCUUCAACAGAGAUUGUGACAGGCAGCUCUUUGGACCCCGGGGUAAAAUUGAGAGUCCCCCACGGAACCCAGACAGAAGGAAUGUAAGGAGCUGCCGGGUCUUCAUCAGCGUGGCCCCACAGGCCCGCAUUGCCAUCCGUGCCCUGACCAGUGACAUGGGCACUGACUCUGAGGGGACCAGCGCCAAAUAUGUCUCGAUUAGAGAUAUCCACAGUCUGAGGACCACAACAUUCUGGGGACAGCAGGUGCUCUACUGGGAGUCCCAAGGCAGUGAGGCUGAACUGGAGUUUAGCCCUGGCUUCCUGGAGGUACAGGCCAGGCUCCAGGGUCAGUACUGGACUAUCCCACCGAGGAAACUGGAGCAGGACAACAGCCUGGCUCUGUCCUAAAUUUCUAUCCAACCGCCGAAAGGGAGGCAACUCCACACCUAAGGGACAGUCCCUGGAGUGUUCAACUCUAGCUUCUUGAGCUCUAAACGCCUGCCAGCCUUAGGGAAUCUCUUUUAGUGACCUUGUCCAGGUGCAGAAGGGCUGGACUGGGAGGUGAAGAUCGGAAAAGCAGCCCCAGCAUCUGUUCCCCUCGCCCUCCCACUCCCCUGUUGCUAAUAAAAGAUACAGGAAACCUGA